AUGAAUUUCCGAAGAGUAAGAGCUCGGUCUCGUAAAAAUUCUAUGAAUGUAAUGGUAAGCGCCGAAAAAUGGCGGACUUAUGGUCGAAAAAUGUCACGACGUGAUAGUGACCAGUUAACAGACGAUCAAGAAGAAUGUCUACCAGAAACAGGGCUCGAAGACUGGGUUGAAGAAUUUUUCAUACAAAAAUCUUUGGGAUCUGAGCAAUGUGACCAAGAUAUUGAAGUGAAACUAACCAAAAAACAAACACUUAUUUUAUCAACUCUAGUACCAGAUGAAAUACUUCUUAUGGAAAACUUCAGUUCAGUGAAUCCUAAACGUUUUGUUGGAGUUCUCAUGAUGGCUGAUGUGUCCGGGUAUACGGCUUUGUCCGAGAAAUAUAACAAUAGCGGAAAGGGAGCAAUAGCAUGUGCCUUAAUAAUACAACAUUCCUAUGGAUCAUAUGAAACUGAUGUCAAGGUAAAUCUUAAAGUUAAGCUAGCCAUAUCAGCAGGCAACCUCAUAUUUUCUCCAAUCGGCUCUGGAAUCGAUAUGAAUUAUAUAAUAAUUGGUUUGCCUGUUAUUGAAGCGAAAAUUGCAGAAAGUCUUUGCUCUUCGGGAGAAGUUAAAGUCACACCCACAGCGUGGGGUCAUUGUUAUUCACGCAACUAUGAUCACGUAAUUUCGGACGACGGUCAUGUGUCUAUAAAAGCAAUACUAUACGAUCCACGCGAAAAAGAUGUAAGCAAACCCUUCGUAGGCUUUGCCGCUAUGAUUCGUCAAGUCAGUAACAAACCAUUUGUUACAUUAGAAAAUCUUCCUGAUUUCGCCUCAGAUGCAUCGCAACUUGAUUCUAGCAUGACAAAAGAGAGCGAAAUAUUAAGUCUUCGCAAUACAAUUCUAUUAGCCGAAGAGAAAAACAUCGGCGCAGAUAUCAGGAAGUUUAUGAUAAGACCGGUUCUAACUCAAAUCGAUGCACACCAACCUUUAGAAUACCUUACAGAAAUGAGACAAGUGUCUGUUUUAUUUGUUACACUUAAACCUAAAGAAUGUCCAUCUUCUCAACUGAUAACUUUGGUAGAUAAUUCUUACAAGAUAACCUGUGAAAUUGUAUGUAAAUCUAUGGGUUCUUUAGAUUCUAACUUGAUAGCGCCACUAGCUUGCCAAAUACUUGAUGUUGACGCUGUACCAAAUGAUUUGUGCAAUUCUCUCAAAGCUAAGUGCAAUGGCAAGCCAGGUCUGGUUGAAAGUUUCAUCGUCCACUUGUUUUCUAGUGGAGCUUUAGAGUUUAAGAAAAUUUCUAAAGCCGAUUUAAUGACAGAGAUUCAUGAAGAUUUACAAUUUCCUGAUCCAAAGUUAGUUCUACCAGUUGCAUUGAAUAUUAAAGACCAACCAAAUUUAGACAAUUUAAUGGAAGAAAAUUCAACAGAUGAAGUUUCUGUUUGUGUUGUUAUUAAAAAAGAAGAGCUUAACACAGAUAUAAAUAUUCAAAAUAUUGAUGCACUUAUCAUGAUUCAGAUAGAUUCACUAACACCCUACCAACAACUUCUAUUAAAAAUUGCUUCAGUUAUUGGCAACAUACUCUCAAGAGACCUCUUAGAAAAUAUUAUGUAUGAAAACGAUCCUUUAACAACUGCAAAGGCUGUCAAAAGACUAUUUGCAAUGCGGAUACUGACCUGUGCAAACAUUAAAAGCAAUAGAAGAAUAAAAAAUUCUAGGCAAACCUUUUACGACCUGCUACCACUUAACCAAAAAAAAGAGUUCCAUUCUAGGAUUGUAAGCUACCUGCAGAAUAACAAGCAAAAGUGUCCUGACUGUGGUGGAACCGUUAUGGUAGUACAAUCAGCAAUAAGCAUACAAUCGCAAAUAACUAAUUAUGGAUAUAAUAAUAACUCAAGGCUCUUAGCAGAUGACGACUUAAGCGUUUCAAACGAGGAAUGUGAACUUGAUACUGUGGAUAUGGUCCAAUCUGAAGUAAAUAAAGAUACUAUGAAAGUAAAAAAAUCACAAUCCGAAGCAUUGGAAGAUAAUAAGACAAAGCUUAAUUUUAUAAACUCAACAAGUUCUUCACGACUCAGUGAACUAAAUAACACCAACGUGUCUCAAUGUGCUCCUAUAUUAAAAAGAAAAUCUCACAUGGAUGAUGAUAUCGAUAUACGAAGGAGGUCCACUAAGAGGGUGACGAUGUCUAAUAUACUCAAUAAGAAUGUGAGCUCCGAUGAACUAAAGAAUCCUACUAUAUUUGAUAUGUUUAGAUCUGUUCUAGAAGUUUACGAAACAAAAGACUGGCAUGAUCUCGGAAUUAUAGAUAGUCAAGAUGAUGUGAAUACCGAGGCUAAUGAAAAAACUUUCCACAUAAAAAUAGAAAAAGGUGUAUCACAAAUUAAUUUUAAAAAAUGUUCAUGUGCUGACCUUCAUAUCACGAUAUAUAAACAACUAAUUCAACACACAAAAGAAGCUGAACUCACAGAUAAAAUGGUAGAGUUCAUUUUACAAUAUAGUUAUUUAAAUAUACUGGCACAUAGUUUCGAAAUGGCAAUACCUAAACUUGAUGAAGCUGAAAAUAUUUGCCUUGAUAAGAAAACCCCCCUUACUAGCUUUGAAAGGAAAAGAUUUCUUGGCAGAACGUAUUCUUUGAAGGCAGCUACAUUUUUGUUGAGUGGCAGGUUCUUGGCCGCUAAAAUAAAUGCCGAAAAAGCGUGUAAAAUAUAUAAAAUAAACCUAAAAAAUAUAACAAAUCUAUUUCAUUUCCCAAAUGUUAUAUCUGCUGUUAAACUAAGAAGUGAAAAAUAUCGACGUCAGAGCAUUAUAAUGAAACAAGAUUCAAUAUUUUUCUUGAAUGUUGCUGCAGUACUUUAUUCCACAUUAGAAGAUCAAAUUUGCGCCAGGGUAGCUGCACUUCGUUCUUUACAUUUAAUACAACGGGUUGACUGUAGCUUCAUUGAUUUAUGCGACGCUUUGACCAACGCAAUACAAAUUGAACUUGAUCGUGGAAAUCCAGAAGUCACAGCUAAUAUAGAAAGAAUUGCAAGUAUGUCCUUAAAAAAAUUUAAUCGACCAAUUGAAGCAGGCGAAUUAUUUUCACUAGGAAAAUUAUUUAUGAUUAUAUUUCAAGCGCGGUCAGCACGAGGACAAAUCACGGCUGCUAUAAGAUCAGGAUUUAGAGCUCUUGUUAUAAGUCGUUUUCUCUAUGCAAUUAAAAUUUCAGUUGACAUUAUACCAGACGUUUUCUACUUAUUAUUAUCCAGAUGUAGAAUUCGAGAAGCAGUGGACGUUAUAAAAUUGCUUUUACAAUUAGAUGAAAAUCAGACAACACUAGAAUGUGAAACUUGGUACUACGCACUUUGUAUGGACAUGAUUUUAGAUUGUGGUUUUCAACUGGAGUCACCUAUUGAAAUUAGUCGCUUCGCUGAAUUUUCUAUUUGUAAGGGAAAAUCUGCUGGUGAAAGUCGCCGUCGUCUUAUCGUUGGUGUAUGGACUUAUUGGCUUCGGGCUAAUUUUGAGAGACGUGCUAGACAGUUUGAGGAUGAAGCCUUGAAUUGGUUGUCACCGACCGAUGACGAUUGUACAUUGAGAACGCUUAUAAGCUCCUUGAGACUUGCUGAAGGGAUGUUGGAAAGCUUAGCAAAGAAAGUGGAUGAUUUACGUAAGGUUGUUGACUUAAUGGAACUACACUCGUUGGCUGAUCAUGAACUAAGUCGGCUGGAAAAAGAUACUCGACUCUUGCGAACAAUUUAUCCAAGAUGGAUGUUAAUUAAAGCUUAUUCCAUGCAUGUAUCUGGACGACAUACUGCUGCAAACACAUUAUUUAACCAAACGGCGAUAGAGGCGCGUAAAAUACACAAUCAUCUGGAAGAAGCUCUUAGCCUAGCCGCAACCUCAAAUUCCAAGCAUUGGAUGCAGUGUGCACUUACUGGACACUUUUUGCCCUGGUACGUCGGAGCGGAGACUGCUAAGAAAUCGUGGCACCAACUUCUUUAUAAGACGACUACUCAUCGUGAAUAA